GGCCGAGCAAGUCGCAGGCCAUGUCCGCGGGCGGCGGUACCGUUUCACCCGGCAGGAACUUGUCAGAUAGCGGUUUUCGCCAAGCGGCACGUUAUGUCAAGUAACGAGGACGGUUCGGCCAUAUCAACAACUAAAGGUCGAUACAACCAACCUUGUUCUCGUGCCAGCGAGUGCACGACUUGCCAGUGGACUUGGAAUUUCACAUGCGGGCUGCCGCCUCAGUGAGUACUGAUAGAUAAUUGUCGCAAUGACAGUUAUGAUAUGGCGAUUAUUUAUACGGUCCUCUCAAUGAAGCAUAUCAAACUCCACUGCGACCACUCACUCACUCACAGGAAAUAAACAUUAUUAAUACCUCUUAUCUACCAUGACGACUGCCAACGAGACAGUGCCAGCUGGGUCUUACGCAUAUACCAAUACACUCGAGGGUGUUUACUACGGGCCCAAGUGCGUUGAAACCGCACUCCCAAAACUUUUGGACACUCUUGGAGCCAAACGAGCACUUGUCGUAACAGGAAGGUCUCUCCGUGACAAGACUGGUAUUGUGACAAAAAUCGAGAACAUUCUGAAGAAAUCCAAUGCAUUUGGUGCCACUUUCUCGGAAAUCGGGGAGCACGCUCCUGAGGCUGGUAUCGAGAAUGGCGUCUCCAAGUUUCGUGAAGUCGAUGCCGAUAUUAUAGUGUCCGUUGGUGGAGGUUCUCCCGUCGAUGCAUCAAAGGCUAUUAUUUUCAGGCUGCAGCAACAAAGAGCACAAGAAACGUCUGGCAAAGAGCUGGAGUUCUUGCGGCAAAUCGCAAUACCAACAACCCUGAGUGCGGCCGAGUACACGUGUGGUGCAGGCUAUACCAAUAAACAGGGUGACAAGGUAGUUGUUGCUCAUCAACAGCUUACUCCAGCGGGGAUCAUACUGGACGCCGAGUUGACUCUUUCAACACCUGAACAAUUAUGGCUUUCCACUGGCAUGCGUGCGCUGGACCAUGCGGUUGAGAGUCUAUACAGACCUGGAGUGCCCUUACCAAUGAAAAAGCUAUGCCAUGCUGCUAUCGCGGAUCUCUUCCGUUUUCUUGUAUUAUCAAAGAAAGACAGCGAAGAUCUCGUUGCCAGGCAGAGGCUGCAGGUUGCGUCAUGGAUGAGUUUAUGGCCGCGAAGGAUUGAAAGACAUAGCCCGGUAGGAUUAUCUCACACGCUUGGUCAUAAGCUCGGAGCAACAUAUGGAAUACCGCAUGGCAUCACCUCAUGCUUGACACUUGCACCGGUCGUCAACCUACAAGCGGAAAUAGCAAGUCAAGAGGACAAGGAGUACCUUGCUGAAGCCUUACUAUAUCUCAGAGAGCCAUCAACUGGGACUGUUGACGGAGAUGUCAAGAAACUAUCGUACAUGAUCGCUAGCCUUGUGCAAGAGCUCGGACUGCAGAAGACUUUGAGCCAAUAUGGGGUACCAACAGCCGAAAUUGAACAGAUCGCGGUCCGUGCAGUUGGUCAAGAGGAUGAAGAGUUGCUUUCAAAGGUCAAGAUUAUUUUGGAGAGCAUUUACUGAUUCAAGUCCUGCUCGUUAUCGAGUGGUGGAUGACACCGAUGUAAAUAUAUGCGCAAGCCUUACUCAACUAUUUUUCGCAAUGCCCGCCCCGAACAAGUUGAGGAAAUUAAAGUGGGUGGUUUUUCUGUUUAUUUUGGUGGUUCGGACAACAUCAUGUCCAUCCGUCGAAGGAAAUGCAAAGGUGCGUUAGUGGAGCGUAAUUGAAGUGCAUCAACAAUAGUGGUAGGACUGCUCAGUCGAUGGGCUCGUUUCCAUGAUUCCAGUUUGGGAAGACCUGGCAAAGAUUACAAAGAAAGGCGAGCGCCAGGGGGUGGUAAUACUAUUCGAGUCCAGCAUGCGAUGACGGUAC